GCCGAAUCCGACGACUAACAGUCGCAUUCGGUUGCUCGCACAGUCAAGACCUAAAAACAAGUAGUUAAUCAAGUUGUCCAUCAUGUCGGAGGGCGAAUCGAAAUUUGGUUUCAAGGAUAUGGAAAAGGCAUUGGAGACCUUAAGACUCCUCGAGGAGCACGAUAUGCAAUAUCGUAAGCUGACAGUGCGGGGUCUACUGGGACGUGCCAAACGAGUGUUGACCUUGACCAAGGCCGAAGAGAAGCUAAAGAAUAUCAAUGAUGCCAUUGGUGUCUUUGAGAAAUGGCUGGAAGAGAAUGGCGGCGGAGCGUCAAAUAAAAAUGCCAAAACUGACAAUGAAGAUAAGGUGGAAACAGUGCCCGGCCUGGGUUUUAAGGACAAGGCGGCUGCGGAGGCAACACUAAGCAUUUUGGCUGAACGUGAUCCAGAUUAUCAGAGACUGGCCAUCAAGGGACUAAUUGGCAGUUCCAAGCGUGUGCUGUCUGGUACCAAAAAUGAGGACAAGAUCAAUGCCAUCAAGGAGGCCGUUCAGGUGUUGGAGGAGUUUUUGGAAAAAUUCGAGACAGAGAAUCGUAUCAAGGACAAUCGCGCCUAUUUAGCAUAUUCUAUAGUCGCCAAAUUGCCAGAGCCCAAACAGGAACUGGCUGCUGAAUUCCUAACCGCAUAUGGCGGAUCCAAAGCCAAGGGCAAUUAUAAACAUUUGCGUACCAUGUACCCCAAAGAUGAUGAUUCCACCAGUUGGGAUAUAGUGCGUAAUCGUCAAAUUGCCAAAUUGUUAGAACAAAUCAAAAAUGAGAAUGUGAAACUAUUUGAUGCCGAGACAGGAGCACCUACAGAGCUUCAUUUGGAACUGAUACAUUGGGCAUAUAGUCCACAGCAGGAUAAGGUAAAGGCCUAUGUGGAGAAACUAACCAAGAAGACGGCAGAGAAGCGUAAACAAGAUGACAGUAGUAGUGACUCCGGCACCGACAGUGACAACGAUGAUGAUGAUGAUGAAAAGGAAGCUGUACCCAAAAAGAAAAAGAAGACAGAAGAUGAAUAACGAACGAAAAACGUUAUAUAAUUUAUUUUUAUUAACUCAACCUCAACGCAGACUAAGUACAUCUACAAUGGUGGACACAUAAUUAUAAUCUGUAUAUGUUUACUUUGUAUGUAUAUAUAUAUAUAUGUAUAUAUAAAUAUGGCUGCAUGUGCGCUGAAUCUUGAAGAUCUGGUUUAGAUGAGAUCAGAUACAGAUCAUCACAAUUCUGGGAACAAAUAUAAAUUUUACAAUCUGAAA